AUGUUCUACAAGUGAUGUCUUGGCUCUAACCGGAAGCGGAAAUAGCGAGGGAGCGGUUGACAGCUGCUGGUCAUCUAAAGCGGUUAGCCAGCAAAACAACAAACUGUGCAGAUAUGGAGCUUUGUGAAAUAUUAUACAACAAGGCUGAAUACAUCGAGACGGCAUCAGGCAACAAAGUCAGCAGACAGUCGGUUCUUUGCGGGAGUCAAAACAUUGUCCUUAAUGGAAAAACUAUCGUGAUGAAUGACUGUAUCAUCAGAGGAGAUCUUGCUAAUGUCAGAGUUGGUCGGCAUUGUGUUAUUAAAAGUCGUAGUGUGAUCAGACCUCCCUUCAAGAAAUUCAGCAAAGGCGUGGCUUUCUUCCCCUUGCAUAUUGGGGAUCAUGUGUUCAUAGAGGAGGACUGCGUUGUCAACGCCGCACAGAUAGGAUCAUACGUCCACAUUGGGAAGAACUGUGUUAUCGGUCGACGCUGUGUCUUGAAGGACUGUUGUAAGAUACUGGAUAAUACUGUCCUUCCCCCAGAGACAGUGGUUCCUCCAUUUACAGUAUUCUCUGGCUGUCCAGGUUUAUUUUCAGGAGAGCUCCCUGAAUGCACACAGGAACUUAUGAUCGACGUUACCAAGAGUUACUACCAGAAAUUCCUCCCUCUCAGCCAGAUCUAGGACUGAAAUUUAGUUUGUGUCUUGCUCACUUUCAUUCUGGGACCAAAGGAACCAAUACGGACUAAUAUUCCCCCAACCAUCUCUUUAGUUCUAACUUACGGUUGUAAAUUAAAAAAAACAAAGAAAUACCACUAUUAGUUUUGUUUACACUUGCAGUAAAAAUCCCUUGCUAUGAUCAUGGCUAUGUUAACAUAGAAUAUGAAAUUAUAAAAUAUGUAACUUGUAAACAAAACACCAUAUCUCUCUGUCUUUUCAUGUCAGUAUUUUUAGAUUUCUUUCUGUUAAUCUCAUAUAAUGUCACUGCAGUCCUGUUGGUGUGGCUGGGAAAAAUAUCAUGACACAGUGAUUAGCUGUUAGACUGAAGGGCCUUUAUUUAUUCAACUUUGCCAUUUCUGCAACACUAAACAUUUUCUGUUCGUAAAGACAGAUUACA